AGAUGGCAGCAGCGGCAUUGAUGACGUCUCCAUGUAAACAAAAAUGACAGAACUGAACCGAGAGCUGAAGGAAUAUUUGUCCAGAAGUGAUGGGAAAUCGGAGUCCAAGGAGCCCCUCCUCCCCACCACCAUCAGGGACAUCAAGAUCCCUCAAAUAGGGUCGUGGUUCACGCGAAAUGGCUCUGCAGGAGGCGAGGAAGAGGACACGGCUUCGUCGUCGUCGUCGUCUUCGUCUUGGUUCUCGUCUGCCCAGGCGGAUCCCUGUCUGCCCAGUCUCGGUCGCAAGCAGAGGAUUCUAGGCUUCUUGGCAUGUGUGUCGAUGGGCCUCAUCUGCUUUUCACUGGCAGCCAUGUACUUCCCAUUGCUUGUAUUUAAAGCACGCAAAUUUGCCCUUCUUUUCACGCUUGGAAGCCUGUUUUCUGUUCUUAGUUUUUCGUUCCUGUGGGGCCCAGUAAACCACCUGAAGCAUCUAUUUUCAUCUGAACGCCUAGUCUUCACAUCAGUGUACUUUUUGUCCCUUUUUGCUACUCUCUAUUUUGCUCUCAGCCUGCAGUCAACCAUUUUAACAUCGAUAGCAGCGAUAGUCCAAGUUGUGGCAUUACUGUGUUUUGUCCUAAGUAAUGUACCUGGAGGACAGACAGGACUCAAAUUCUUUUCUAGCAUAUGCUCAUCCAUGGUCAAAACCACUGUCUCAAAAGCUCUUCCAGUUUAGCUUCAGUCAAAUGUCUUUUUCCAGUUUUCCAAAUGUCAUGGUGUGUGUGUAUCUUUAUCAUUUAGCCCUUUCAUCAUAGCAUCAAAUCAUGUACAUUGAAAGAUUAUACCCUCUUUGUCUCUGUGGUAGUAUCUGUAUAUAUAUUUAUAUAUAUUUUUUAAGUCUGGUUGACUUCAAUUAGCUAUUCUUUUGCAAAAGUAAUCUUCAGAGGAAGAUGAUUAUAUAUGGUACAUUAAUGAUGGCCUGUGUGAAGGUGAAAGUAUAAUGGAGAAAUAGCUUUGAAAGCCCAUAGCUUUUCCAGAUUCAGUAUUAGGAAGUGUGUGUUUUUGCAGGUAUGGUAUAAAAAUGUUUCCAUCAUCUGAAGGGUUGUCAUUGUAUAGCACUGUGUGUAUGUGAUAGAUAAUAAGAUUCUUCAUGUUUCACUCUCGAACUUUUAUUUAAUGAUUUCAAAAGCAUUUUGGAGAACAGUUGUACUAUUAUCUAUAACAGCAUUCUAGGGCUGCGCUGAUGAUUCUAUCUGUGAUAAGUGUUGUGAUGGUUGCUUCACUGAUUAAAAGAAACUAAUGUGAUAAAUCCAGUGUUAUGCUAUGGAUAUUGUAAGUAAAAUAGGUCUGCAUAUUAUUCCUUUCGAGUGUUAACAAAAUUGCAGCUAAUCUGGUAGUCGACUUUAAUUAGAUCUUAUUUACAUCCCGGUUUACAGUCAUAGAAUGUAAGCAAAGAAAUGUGUGAAGAUAGGUAUUUCUUACUUUUCUUUACAAAAGAUGUUCUAUAGGAUUACAGAACUACUAGCAAUAUCAUUUUUUUUCUAUUCUUUAGGAUUCUUUGAGGCCUAAGGAGAAUGCAAAUAAUUUUAAGUAUGAACGCUGGGUAAAAAAAUUUAAUUCUGAGAACCACAAAGAUAUUACAGCUCAUUUUGUGAGAUUCUCGAGUUGAAGGUGCAGUCUUUUUGAGAUGUAUAUCAGAUUCAAGUAAAUUUUAUUUUUAUUGAUAUAUAUUUUAAAAGGCAUGAAUUUUUUAUUAGAGAAUGUUUGAAAACAAGGAAGGAUUUUAUCUUGAACACCAGCUAUCAAAGAGAUUUUAAUGUUGUUUCUCGUAACUUUCCUUCCUUUUGAAAAGCGUUAGAGUUGAUCAGAAUUAGUAUAGGGAGGAUAACCAAACAAACAUUGCUGCAGGGCAAAUUAUUAAUUGAUAUCUUUGUUCAGAAAUUCUUGAUUUCAUGUUUAUGUUCACAGUUGUUUUCGGUUUCUUUUGUCAACCAUUGUGUGGUGCCCACCAACUCACUGACUGAGCGGUAAUUUGUUUACAGACAUGAUCGGCCUUUUAAGAGAGCUGCAUUAAGCCGUAAUGUUCACUCUAGAAGAUACGAUAAAAGGUUGGCUAAUGAGAGAUAAUGUCAGCAUAAUGUAGAAAGAAAUUUGUUACUACCAUAUUUGUUUUUCUUUUUUUCUGUUUUGAUCACUGUCAUUUGCUUAUUGCUACCAUCAUCAACCUUGCUAUGACCAACAUUUCUAUAAGGUUAAUUGUACAGGAUUUCACUAAUGAUAAUUUUUGAUGUUUGUUCAUCAUUUUAUUCUUUUUUGAGAAGAUAGAGAUCUAUUUUUUGGUUUUAGGGUUGUACUUAUAUUUUGAUAUCAGAAAACACACCAUUUGGUGUAUAUGGAUAUGUUUUAGUGACUUUUAUUAGGAAAGUAGAAAACCUGAAUAAAAUUGGUGUGAAGUGUCUGGUUGAGUGAAAUAUGAUAAACCCAUUUCAUAAUUGUUGUUGUUUUUUGUUUUGUUUUUUUGACAUGAAAUUUUGUAGUGUAUAAAAGAAAAAGGAAUAAUUUAAGAGGAACUUUAGCAUUGCAAAAAUAUUAUUAGUGCUGAAUUUUGACAUUCUUUACCUAUAGUAAUGAUGCAGAAUACGGGUGACAUCUGUUUCAGGUUUUGCUUUUGCUUUGAAAUACACGUUAAAAAAAAAAAAAAAAAAAAAGGAAAUGAACUCUUCCACAGUGAAAUAUAGUGUUUUCUGGUGUCAAAGUGGAUGCAUUCAUUUGAAGUCCUGAACUUUAGAAUUUUUUUUUCUUCUCAAGUGUGCUUUUUUUACCAAAGAAAACUGAUUACACUGAUAGGUUUGCGUGUGUCAAAUCAUGUUGAUGGGAUGAUGUCAAAAUAUUGUCAUCUUCUGGAUUUCUUAUAGUAAUGAAAGAUUUUAGAUUAUGGAAUGUUUAGUAUAAAAAGGAAAUAUUAAUUGGGAUUGCACUCCCAUUUUCAUACAAACUUGAAUGGUCUCUGAUGAUUAUUCAGUUUUUUUGAUACUUCUAUUUCAUGAUAAAUACAGCCACAUCACAUUGUUGUAUUAUUUAUACUAAUAAAUGUAUAAUCAAAACUGA